UUAAGGUGGUACCACAGACCACUCAUUUACGCGGUGUUGCAUGCAAGAGUGUCCGUUCGCGGUAAACAACAACUGUAAUGGAAGGUAGAGAUGUCCGUGGCAGGGGAGGCGGCUGGAGGAGAGGCGCCCGGGGCGGACACGAAGGUGACGGUCAUAAUGAACACAGAGGCCGGGGGAGAGGAGGCCACCUCCGCGGCAGGGGCAAGCGAGACCACCACCGGGGACGUGGACGCGGUGGCGGCUACCAUGCAGCAGCAGACUUCCCUCAGCGGCAUCAAGAAGGGGGGCAGAACUUUGAAGAGGAAGAUGACAGAACAGUAGUGUUUUCCAGAAGAAAACUGGAGUCCAACUGGGACCGUUACGAGGAGGCGGAGAGGGCGCAAGAAGAUGAAGAUGUGCCGUCUCAGAGAGGAACGGACUACCACGUGCUGCUGGAGUCAGCAGGGGAUUCGUUCACUCAGUUCCGCUUUGCAGAAGAGAAGGACUGGGAGAUGGACCCAUUCACAGCCAGUCAGAUGUCGGUGGUGUGUUUGGACCUCCCAGCCCUCGCCCAGAGUCUCCAACAAGUGCCUCUUCAUCAAAGACUGAAUCUAGAAGCUGAGCUGGUUCAGGCCUUGACACCAUUAGAGCUGCCAGCUGUGACCCUCACUCCUAAACAGGAAGUCUCCAAAACAGAGAAAUUCCCUCCUUCGUCUGCUGGCUUCAAAUGCCUUGGGACAAAUCAGAACCGCCCCGUGGCUCGAGGGGUGGGCUUAGACUCGCAUGUCUUUUCUGUAGCAGUUAAACCUGUGGAGGAUGAUGGUGAUGAAGAGUUAGAUCAGCUGCUGGGUUUACAGAAACCUGCUUCAGGUGAUGCAGGACACCAAUCGACCGGUGGUCCAGUUGAGGAGAGAGGUUCUCCAGAGAAAGGGUUUGAAGAAGUAAAGGAGGUUGUACCAGAGGUGGCUGAAGAAGCAGCUGAAGAUGAGAUUGUUACCUCUCCAAUGUCUGUCCCCGUCAAAGAACUGAUGACUGAGGAGGAUCUGGAGGACUGGCUGGACAGCAUGAUCUCCUGACCACGAAGAAGGUGAUGAUGAAAGUAAAACUGGACUCCAAUGGAACAGUCUACUUGAAAGGAUGUUGUAAAGUUUACAGAAAUGUGUUGAAUACUGGUGUUUCUUUCGUGGUCUACUUGGCUGGAGACAGACAGAAGCAUGCCAUCUGUCUCCAGCCAGAGAGUGUAGAGAGAGGACAGUGUGUCCAAACCUUUGAUAAAAACUGUGUUCACCACUGUACAUUUAAGGGAGAAGGCUCUGUGAAACAGUCUGCAGAUGACACAACAUAUUGUAUUGCAUCAGUUUAUUAUUUUCCUCCUUUCAUCAAAAGAAAUCAAAUCUUCUGAAGCUACUACAUACGUACAAAUGGCCAUAAAGUAGCAGUUAACUGUUCAGCCCAUAACCAAGUUUUAUUAUUCUCCUCUGUUGUGGGAUUGUUCUAAUGUGGAAAGAGGUGCAGUGUGGGCAGGACGCCACCAAACUAAGCAACAUUUACACAAGAAAUGUCUAGAUUUUAUACAACAAAUGUAUUUUUUUUGUUCAUUUAAAAGCCAAAAACCAAUGUAAAUCUGCUUGUUAUUAAGACCAGAACUAGAGCAUUGCUUGUGUUAAGAGGAACAAAGAUUAGUCUUUUGCAUAGUUUUUUUCCAAAGGCACAUUGGCACUUGAUUAACACUUAAACAGUCUCAUCUCUGGUCCUGAAGGAACCAUAUUCAUUUCAUUACACACUUCAGCCAGCUUUGAAAGGCAAAUCAUUUGACUUUAACUCAGUCAGCAUUGAUCAAUUCCAGGAGCAAACAUCCACUCAGGUUUGUAGUGACACAAGGAUCCUGACAAAUUGUGCAUACACAGGCAUUCAGUUGUCAUGCUGUAACCCACAACGUGUUUAAGUAGUUGGGUUUAAGCAAGUUUAAUGUGAUUCAGAAUCAAACGAAGAGUCUGCAUAAAUGAGGUGUCGCUGCAGGAAGUAAAAGGAACUUGAUGCACAAAUCCGGAGCGUCCAAUCAUCAGUAGAAUUCAAGAUGUGUUCAGGUUCUGUUAACAGGGUGACAUCGACUAGGGAGGGGUGUGGGGGAGGUGCCAGCUGUGGCCGCCCUCUCCUAACCCAACUGGUCCUCAUAUUGCUUACGGAAGCAGUCUCCUGUAGGGAAGAAGUCCCAGCAUCUCUCCUGGUACAUCUUCCACACAUACGACUCCUGCAAGAGGACGUGACAUGAAUUUAGGAGUUCUUUGACCCAACCAACCCAACAAAAAACAAAACUAAGCUUUCUGCAGGGAAGCCGCUAUCGAAACAUGUUGUAAUAGGAUUUUAUAAGAUGAUGAGACACCUUGCAAAGUAUUCAUAUCCCUUAAACCUUUUCACAUUGUUUCUAAUAGAUGAAUGUGAUGUAAAAGGAAAAUAAAAUAUUUUUUUACCAAAAAAUGUGGCAUGCAUUUUUAGUCAGCAUGUCAAACUGCAAAGGUUCUGCUGGUAUGAAUACUCUUGCAAGGCACUGUACAUGGUAAAAUAUGACUGAUUAAACCACCCUAUUAAAAUUA